AUGUUGAAGAAUCGCACUGGACUGGAUGAACGAAUGACGGGACCCAACAACGCAGAACUUGAAUCCAGAGACUAUACCCGGGUGGAUCGAGCACAGCAGAUGGAAUCCGUGCAUCCCCUGACCGCAGCUGGAGCCCUGGCGCCCAGCUCUUCCGGAACCAAGAAGCCAGCAAAAGGAACCCCAAUUGCUAUCCCCACAAACCAGCGCCGUCUAUCCAAUUUUUCCAUCAAGACUGCGAACAGAGCGCUAAUGACUGGAUAUCGGGACGGCGGUAGUAGCGGGAUGAGGCGAAAAUCCAGCACAGCAUCACAGGGACAUCAAUCGCCACCAUUUUUCCCUCACAAAGACGAUUUUGAUAUCAUUGGGACAGUUCCAGGAUUUGAAAAGCUGGUUGAGGCAGAAGCAAGUAAACACAUCAAGGCGAAAACGAAAGCUACAGAGAUGAGUGCAUCUCUGAAUGAAAUGGAGCCCAAAGACCAGAAGCCUGCCAAAAGAAAAAAGACUGAAAAGGACAACGGAGGCGAUGAAAUUAUGGCUGCAAAGCCAGUGCUGACCGGCCUCAAAGGGCGAAGGCGCAGUUCCGCUUCUGUAGGUUCACUCUCAGUCAAGGAUGUGCCUGCGAUACCCACACCCCUAUCACCUUCCUUACAUCCUACUUCGUCUGAACCCGCCAUACGAUCGUCGUUACCAACCACUCGGAUGUCACCACCAACCACAGGAGGAUCCAUCAAUCGUCUGAAGCAUAUCAAUGGAUUCAGAAGGGAAUCCAUUGGAGGCAAUAAAACACUUAGAUCAACACCUGUGAGCUGGCCUCAAAUGCCCGUGUCGUGCGUGCGGGUUUGGCCAAGGACAGAGUUCACUGCGGCUGGAAUGUCGGUUCAGUUUGGAGCGGAUCGACUGUCAUUGACUAUCAAGCGUAACACUACGAAAGUCCCACACAUGGAACUAAAAUUUGUCAGUUAUUACACUGCGUCGACCUUCAAAAUUUUUCAGUUUGCAACUCGCAACGAUUUCGCGGAAUCUUCGAUUUUGGCGCGGCAGCACAAUUCGGCAGACGACUCAGAGAAAACGCGCCUGGUCACGCUUUUCGUGAAUACGAAUCCGUCGGCUAUUGUGAAUGUCUGCGCUGCUCUGAAGCAGAAGGGCAUAGACACGAAACGUUUAUCGCCGGAAGCUGCGGAGAAAAUCCUAACUUCGAAGAGUAGAAGCCCUUCGACAUCGCGUCUUCCAGAACAGCCUGAAGAAGCGUAA